AUGGCUGUUAAUAAAAAAUUAAUGGAAUCGACGAUGACAAAUCGAAAGAAAGAUCCAUUUUCGGCGGAUCAGAAGACGGCGUCAUUGGAACAGGAAUUGAAUUUGGCUAGGCGGGCAUGCUGGUGCAAGAACAUAGAGGGUGAUGACAAUGAAGGUGAUGGUUUGUUAGAUAGAAAAUCGGAACAUGAAUGCUGUGAGAAUUGCUUUAAAUCAAAUGACGAUGCUGAUGAUGAUGGAGAAAAAUUAAAUUUAGAAAAAACUACAACGGUUUUGAAUGGUGCUAAAAUAUUUAGUAAAAAUAUUAAUACAACAACUACUAAUAAUACUACUAUAAAUAAUAGUAAAUUAGAAGAAGAAGACAAGUCAUUUAGUGUAGAGAAAACUGAAAUCCCAACAACAACAACAACUAAUAAUUUAAUUAAGCGAAAACUUACAACUAAGCCAGAGCACAAGAAGGAGAGCAGCGAUGCUGAUGCGGGUGAGAAUGAAGAUCUUGUAAAUACAAAUUCCAAACUUGCCGAUUCCUCAUCUACAUCGUCAUCCCGCUCCUCGUCCUCUUCCUCUUCUACUUCCCUGAAGCAAAAUUCCACGGCCAGUCUGAAGGCAUUCUUCUUAGCCCUUUGGUUGGGUUUUGUCAAUUUCUGUGAACGCAACACCAUUAAACGCGAUGAUCCCCGCUUUGAGGCCUAUCGCAAAAAACCCGAAACGGAAAUGAAAAAGUCAACAACAACAACAACUAGUGAAAAUGGAGCUGGAAAAACGGCGAACGGUGGCAAGAAACAAUUCCAAUUUAAAUUGUUGACAAGUAAAAAAGUGAUAUUCCUACUGCUGGUAUGCUUCUUCUUUUCGUGUAUUCAGCGGAUUGAUGCUCGUCCCAAUAGUGCUUCGGGUGAUGGUAAUGCUGUAGCCGGUGAAGCUGUGGGUGUUGGUGCCGAAAGUGCUUAUACGGUGACACCAGGAAAAGUUAAUUCUUUACCAGCAUCGAAUACCGCUCUACCACCGGAAAGUGUUAACGGCAAUGCCAUAAAACAACAAAAAUACAUUGGUAGUGGCGAACCUCAGGCAGCAGCAGGAAAUGAUAUUAAAUCAUCAACGACAGGAGGUCACCCGGUGCCACGUUCCGACGACAACGAUGGUGGUGACCAUAAUGAUCAUGGUGAUGAUGAUGGCGGUCAUAGUGGGGGCCAUGAACGUUAUCCAUUGGCUCAGGUUGAAUUCGAUAGAGUUAAGACACCAUUCAUUAUUGGUGUAUGGAUAUUGUCGGCCAGUAUAGCAAAGAUUGGUUUCCAUAUGACACCAAAAUUACAUCUGAUCUUUCCUGAAUCCUGUCUGCUGAUUGUUGUCGGUGUUGUCAUUGGUGUUGUGCUCUUCUUCUGUACCGAUGUAGCCGUCUCACCUCUAACACCCAACACCUUCUUCUUCUAUAUGUUGCCACCGAUUAUAUUGGAUGCGGGUUAUUUUAUGCCGAAUCGAUUAUUUUUCGAUAAUUUGGGUACAAUUCUGUUGAUGGCUGUGGUCGGUACCAUUUUCAAUAUUGCCACCAUUGGCGGUUCAUUGUACGGUUGCGGUUUGGCUGGUAUUUUUGGUGGUCCCGAAGACACCCCACGCUUCUUGGAUAUUUUCAUCUUUGCCUCCCUUAUCUCAGCUGUGGAUCCUGUUGCUGUAUUGGCCGUAUUCGAAGAAAUUCAUGUCAAUGAAAUUCUUUACAUUGUCGUCUUUGGUGAAUCCCUACUCAACGAUGCUGUGACGGUCGUAAUGUAUCACAUGAUGGAAGUCUACAAUGAGAUUGGUAUAUCGGAAAUUAUUGCCCAGGAUGUGGUGAAUGGUGUGGGUUCAUUCUUUGUGGUGGCCAUUGGCGGUACAGUUAUUGGUAUUAUUUGGGGCUUCCUUACCGGUCUGGUGACCCGUUUCACCGAUCACGUUCGUGUCAUUGAACCCAUUUUCAUUUUCGUAAUGGCAUAUCUGGCGUAUCUGAAUGCUGAAAUAUUCCAUAUGAGUGGUAUAUUGGCUAUUACCUUCUGUGGCAUAACAAUGAAAAAUUAUGUCGAAUCCAAUAUCUCCCAGAAAUCCCAUACUACCGUUAAAUAUGCAUUGAAAAUGUUAUCAAGUUCCUCUGAAACGAUUAUCUUUAUGUUUUUGGGCGUGGCCACUGUCAACAACAAUCAUGUUUGGAAUACAUGGUUUGUCGUUUUGACAAUUGUUUUCUGUUCCGUAUUUAGAGUUAUAGGUGUCAUCAUCCUAUCCGCAAUGGCAAAUCGUUUCCGCUUGCACAAACUGUCUCGGGUCGAUCAGUUCGUCAUGUCAUAUGGUGGUCUGCGUGGUGCCGUUGCAUUCGCCCUUGUCUUAUUAAUCGAUGAACGUUUAGUGCCUCAAAAGAAUAUGUUUGUAACCACUACCAUAGCUGUGAUAUACUUUACCGUGUUCGUGCAGGGCAUCACCAUAAAACCGCUGGUCAAAAUUCUAAAUGUUAAGCGAGCCAAUAAGCGUAAGCCCACCAUGAAUGAGCGUAUCCAUGAGAGGUUUAUGGAUCAUUUAAUGGCCGGCAUUGAGGACAUUGUUGGCAAAACCGGUAACUACAAUGUGCGUGAUAAGUUCAAGCGUUUUGACAACCGUUUCAUUCGUCCACUUUUGUUGAGAGAUCUUAAGGGCGCCGAACCUAAAAUCAUUGAAACCUAUUCCAAACUAACGAUGCGUGAUGCCAUUGAAGUUAUGCGCCGUAAUCCAUCGACCAUUGGUCAAAUAACUGGCACCGAAUCAAUGAGUGCCUUAUUUAGAAAUUAUACCAAUAAUUGCAUUGGUGGAAGGUGGGCACCACCAACUAUUUAUACAACCUGCCCCAGUCUUACCAAUCUAGACAAUACCUGUUCACGUAAUUUGGACAUGCAUGAAUUGGAUUAUAAUCCAUCCAAAAAGGAUUUAACAGACGCGAAGAUUCAUCAUUUGCUAGCUGAAGAAUUGAAACCGUACAGAAGGGCCUCCAUACAAAUGCACCGCCGUCUUAGUUAUAGCCGUCACGCUGUAGAUGACAGAGAUCUAUCGACACAGGUUAACUAUAAAAUGCAAAUGAACUUCCGACGCAUGUUCAAUGAUCGUAAACAUCACAAGCGCAGUAAACGCGGUGCUAAUAAGGAUGGCGUCAAACAAAAUCAUGUAUCAUUCCACGAUUUCCAACAAAAUGGAACAACGAAACAAUUCUCGCACGGUACGAGUAAGAAUGAAACAAAUUUACGCAAAAAACUAAUCAGAAAACAUUCUCACAAUUCACUUAACAAAUAUCGUAGAUUAGAAAUAGAUAAUUAUAUUAAUGAAGUUCUUAAUGAAUCAGCAGAGGAAAAUCCCAACAAUAAACUAACCGAAGUUACGGUGGUCAAUGAAAAUGAUGACUGGGAGGAUGGUCUAACAUUUACGGCGAAAUCAUCACUAGCAGAGAAUGCCAUACCCGAAGAAGAUCGCAAUCUAUCUCGCGAUUCAGAUGGCGAACGCCGUGUGGCCACACCCACCGCCACUGAAUCCCAGCUGCCAUGGAAACGUCAGGGUGACGAAAUUUCCGAUGCGGUGCAACAAAAUGAAUUCCCCGCCUGGGCAUCCAAUAAAGAAUAUUUGGCCUAUAAUUCACCAAGUGCUACAUUCUUAGGUGGUAUAAACAAACCUAAACAGCCCAAGUCCGUCAUAGGUCUAUUCCGUCGUGAAAGUUCCGGUUCCCGUGGUGGCGCUGGUGGCAGUAUUAUGACCGUCGAUGGCACUGAUGGCUCAUCGGCUAGGGGUUCCGACCCGGCCUUGGCUGCCGCACUCAGCCAAAUGGUUGUGCCUUCUUCACAAAUACCCUACAAUCCACGUUUGGACAAACGUUCGCAGUCGAUAUCAUCCGGUUCGGGUUCGGCGGGCAUUGGUGAUUCGGGUCAUGCGGGUCCCUUCCCCGUUACGGCCAGUCAUCGUCGUAAUGUACGACGUGGUUCAAUGCUAGAAUUAAGCGGUGAUGAUUCUAACGACAAAGAUAAUGAAACGUAGAAAAAUCCCAUAAAAA